UAAAAAUGGCGUCAGUUCCCCUGUUUGCCGUGUUUUUCUACACAUUACAUAUUGUGGCUGGAGCUGAUCCUUGCGGGAGAUGGACUAAACUGUCAAGUUCGUGUUUCCUCUUUUCUGAUUUUCAAGUGUCUUGGCCAGAAGCAUUGAUGGUAUGCAAGGCAUUUAACUCAACUCUAGUCUCUGUUGAUUCUUACGAGAAAAAUCUGAUGCUGGAGGGCUAUCUGCAAAUCCGUCACCCGCACGACUCUGACAAAACAACAGUAAGAUACUGGACGGGAGGAAACGAUAUCGAGUCCGAGGGAAAUUAUUACUGGAUAGGAACAGAUCAGCGUUUAGUAUACACAAAUUGGAACCCUGGUCAACCAGAAAGUGAUAUAGAAGAUUGCUUGUCAAUGCUCGGAUCCACAAAUUUUCAAUGGCAUGACGUUAACUGUAAUUUUAAGGAAUAUUUCAUUUGCGAAAAGCCAAUGGAGUUGUCUACAUCACCCAGUAUAAUUGGUUGAGGAUAAGAUGGUCCACCAGAGAAGUCACUCACUUUUCCGUUAUUUCAUGACAAACGAUUUUGAAUAUUGUCACUUAUGUUCAUAAUAUUUUACA